AUGACAGUGAUCAAAAGGCAGAAUACGUUUCCGCCUUCGAUUUGCGUCGUUUCGAGAGUCAAGUUCUCGACGCUAUUUGUCGGGGAAAAUGAAGAAAUGGGAAUUGAAGUCGAAGAAUUUUUCGAAUCAGAGAUCGAAGAAGCGAAGAACACUCCUGCCAUCCUGUUGAAAUCUGUAGAGAAAUACAGCCCUGCAUACCGAGCAAAUCUUCGUGCUGGGGAUCAACUGACUCAUAUCGGAGGAUUGACAGUAAAUACAGUCGAUUUGGUGCCGUAUAUGCUCAGGCAACACUCCAAAGGCGGCACUCUUAUCCUUGGCUAUCUCCCUGCAACUCGACCGGAUUACAGAAGAAGUUCUCUGCCUAAAAAUCUCGGGGACCUGAGUCAAAACGGCAUUCUCCACCUUCUUUCUGAAGGUCGCGAUAGUCGGUCAACGAUCAAACUGGCGAAGGAGAUUCUAGCGAUGAUCGAGAAAUACCGAAAGAAUCAAGACCACGUAGAGCUACUGACGAAAGUCAAUCCUAAAUUGGCGACGCAUCCGAAACGGAGGGAGCUCGAAAACAAGUACCAAAGCGUCAUCGACGUUCCCUACCAAACUGAAGACGGACUACGCCUAGCUUUCCAAGUCGCCCAAGCUUAUCGCGAAGAAAAUCACGAGAAAAUCCAACUCUACGGGCAGGAACUCUGCGAGGUUCUUUCCAACUAUCCCGAUUUGUACGACUUGAUCUGGGACGAGAUCAGUUAUUUGAUGGGCCGAGAAGCAGCCGCGGAUAUUCAAGGAUUCUACCCGAACAAAAUUGAGAUAAUUUUAAAGAAAGAAGAAGCUGCAGAGCCGGAGAAAAUCCCCCUCACUUUGAAAACGCUCCACUAUCCCCUCAAGGUGAAUGAGAUGGUAGACCUUUUCAAUCGCUCUCCAGAACGCGAAAUUAUCGACGCCGUCCUCAUCGCCGAUGAGUCAACGACGAAAGCAGAUCUUGAAAUUCUCUGGAAGCUGGUCAACAACAACGAAAUCCUAGAAACGCUGACCUGCAGGACUUCAAAAGCCUUUAGGGUUCGAAUCGAGCGCUUCAGAAAAUAUCUCCAAAAGUUUCCUCUUUUGAAGAAAAAGUCCUCCUAA